ACCAGAACUGCGGCGUGUGAUUGGUUGCGGCAAUGCAGGUCUCUUUGUGUAGCUGUAGGGAGUUCAGCCCUCGUACAUCAUCAUGGGUGAGAUGCUAGCGGCAUAUGCUCAUCUACUUUGCCAGUCGCUUCUGUUCUAAGCUUGGGGAAAAAAACGCAGUUCUUUAUUAUUAGUGACUAGGCGUCCUGCGCAACGGUAGUUUUUUCAUAUUUGGUUAGGGGUGCUUCUUUCCCCCCUAUUGAUAAUCAAGUUCGUGUAUGCGGAGAUGGUGAGUGUGGAGAAUGGAAGCAAAAUGCGGAAUGGAGAGGGAAUGUCGUGCAAGCCGGUGGAAGCGAAGGGGCAAGAGGCGGCGGAGGCAGCCAGCCAGCGUCCACAGCAGAUCGUCUGGAGAAAUGUCAUUCUGAUGAGCCUUCUCCACAUCGGAGCGAUUUAUUCUCUCACGCUCAUUCCAAAGGCGCAUCCUCUGACAUGGAUGUGGGCCUACCUGUGUUUCCUAGUCACAGCUCUGGGUGUAACAGCAGGGGCCCAUCGGCUGUGGAGCCACAGGUCCUACAAAGCCAAGCUGCCUCUGAGGAUCUUUCUUGCAGUUGCCAACUCCAUGGCUUUCCAGAAUGACAUUUUCGAGUGGUCACGUGACCACCGGGUUCAUCACAAGUACUCGGAGACAGACGCCGACCCCCACAAUGCUACACGCGGCUUUUUCUUCUCUCAUGUCGGCUGGCUCUUCGUGCGCAAACACAAGGAUGUCAUCGAGAACGGCAAGAAGCUGGAUAUCAGUGACCUUCUAGCUGACCCAGUUGUAGUGUUCCAGAGGAAGUACUACAAGACCUCUGUUGUGCUGAUGUGCUUCGUAGUCCCUAUGCUGGUCCCCUGGUAUUUCUGGGGGGAGACCCUGUGGAACGCCUACUUCCUGGCCUCCAUCUUGCGCUACACCGUGUCCCUCAACGUCACUUGGCUGGUCAACAGCGCUGCCCACAUGUACGGAAACCGGCCCUACGACAAGAACAUCAGCCCCCGGGAGAAUAGAUUCGUUACAUUCGGAGCCAUCGGUGAAGGCUUUCACAACUACCAUCACACGUUUCCUUUUGAUUACUCCACCAGUGAGUUUGGCCUGAGAUUCAACCCCACCACCUGCUUCAUCGAUCUGAUGUGCUGGCUGGGCCUGGCCAGUGACCGCAAGACAGCUUCCCCACAGAUGAUUCAGGCCCGCAAAAAGAGAACUGGCGAUGGCAGUGCCUGAAGAGACCCUCGAAAGGAAAAGAAUAAGGCCUUAUGCUCUCUUUAACAAAAAAAAGGCAAAAAAAAA